GAGAAGAGCAGCUGCGAAGUCUCCUGGAUUGUCCGCGCGGCGCAUUUUCAAAGCUGAGACUUUCAAUUCAUGUACAUCGUACAUUUUGCACAUUCUAUUUUGCAUUUCACAUCUUAACAACCAACGAUUCAUGACACAUAAUGCAGUGUUUAUACUAUUGAAGACGCAAUCCAUCACUUUUCUUUCUCGGAAAGUAAAGAAAAUCACUCUUUCAUUACUCGAUUAUUCCUGAUCCUCUAUCUCUUGUGUUAUCAAGUAACAACAGCUGCCUAUUUGUACCUACGUAGGUAGCAUCACAUCUAGUUUAAAUUUCCUGCUCCUUCUAGUUGCACCCUUCCGCAUCCAUCUCGAGUCCUCUCUGCGCAGGAAACCAGAUUCUUUGUCAUGAUCUCCACGUUAUUUCCGAUAACCACGCAACCAUGAGGGCUAGGGGAGCUUCGGGGGCGGCAGCCUCGCUUUGGUCGUCCAUAUUCUUGCUGACUGCUCUUCUAUGGACCACCCCGACUGUUUACGCGAAGAACGGACCGACCAUCGUCGCCAAAAACUUUGAAAACCCCCCAAACAAUCUGAACUAUUUUAAGGGGUCAAAUGUCGUCUUAUUUCAAGAAGCCUACGGAAAUACCAUAUGGCGCUCGACUGAUGGCGGCGCAACUUGGUCGAAAGCUGAUGGGAUUGAACACGAUAAGGCUGCCGCGUUGGUCAUGCACGAAUACGAUCCGAAGCGCGCCUACGUUUUGACCCGUGGUAACCUUCACUGGAAGACAGAUGACCAGGGAGAGACAUGGAAGACUUUCUUUACCGACGCGUACACGAGCAAUUCUAUCGAUACCAUCGGCCGAUGGAUGAGUUUCCACGCUGACGACCAUGACAAGAUUCUGUUUACCGGUAUGGAUUGUCCGUUUCCCGAUCUCUGCGAAGAGGUGGUCAUGUAUACCAAAAAUAACUUCGAGGACGAUGCCAAAUUCUUGCGCGGGCGCACUCAAGGCUGUUGGUGGGCCAAGUCAUCUCCACUUUUCACUACCGGCGAUGACGAGAAGGAUAAACAGAGAAUUCUAUGCAUCGUUAGAGGCGGCAUCUUUUCUCCCCAGGAGGACAACCGCCUUCUAAUUUCCGAUAAUUUUUUUAGUGCCGAAGGCGCCGACGGAGUUGUCCAGGAGUAUGAGCCGGAUUUGAACGGCAAUGGCGCCAUCCAGGGUAUCGUGAAACUAGUCGAAGUCAAGAAAUUCCUCCUAGUAGCCGUCACCUCGCGUAACACGGCAGAGAUGGCUCUGUUUGUGACCGGCGAUACCGUAAAAUGGCACCGUGCUGUGUUCCCUCGCGAUCAUCCUAUCCUUGAAUCAUCGUAUACCGUAUUGGAGAGUACCAACUAUAGCAUCCAAAUCGAUGUCAGGACAAGCAAGCGGCUGUCCAAUCCGAUGGGCACGCUAUUGACUAGCAAUUCGAAUGGCACCUAUUUCACCAGGAAUGCCGAGCAUACCAAUCGUAACUUAGAAUCCUUCGUCGACUUCGAGAAGGUCUCCAACAUCCAAGGGAUUUUCUUAGUCAACCAAGUGGACAACUGGAAGGAAGUAGAAGAAGGGAAGGCGGAUAAAAAAAUCAAGACUAGGAUCACAUUCGACGAUGGUAGAACUUUCGAGUCUGUCAAGACAGGCGACGAAGAAAUUCAUUUACACUCCGUCACGGAAAUGAACAAUGUUGGCCCCGUCUUUUCAAGUCCUGCUCCGGGUCUCGUAAUGGGCAACGGUAACCACGGCAGUCAUCUCAAGGGCUACUGGGAAUCGCACCUUUAUAUAUCCGACGAUGCCGGCCGGACGUGGAUCGAAGGGCCAAAGGGCCCGCACAAAUACGAAUUUGGUGACCAGGGAUCUAUCCUUCUCGCUGUUAAAGAUAGUGAGGAAGCUGAUGUAAAGAAUAUCAAGUAUUCCUUGGACCACGGUAAAAAUUGGGAGACGGCCGAAUUGCCGGAAGGCCUGAGCAUCUCUCCUUGGACGCUGUUGACCACACAAGAUUCGACAAGUCUCAAGUUUCUGCUCACUGCUAGAAAGGGGUCGAGAGCUUCUCCCACCGGUUUCUACGUCAUAUCCAUUGACUUCGAGGGCCUGCACGAGAAUACCUGCAAGGACAAUGACAUGGAGGACUGGUUCGCGCGAGUGGAUGACGAUGGCAAUGCCAGCUGUGUGAUGGGCCACACGCAGAAGUACCAUAGACGGAAGAAGGAUGCGAUGUGCUUCAUUAAACAAGAGUUCAAAGAUCCUGCUCCUGAGUCAUCCCCGUGCGAUUGCACCAAGGCCGAUUUUGAGUGCGACUUCAACUUCGUGCAAGACGGGGACGAAUGCAAGCCCGCUGGCCCCAUCCAGGCCCCCGAGGGCGCGUGUAAGGGUGAUAACCCGGACGAGAAGUUUUUAGGGUCAUCCGGUUGGCGUCUCAUCCCCGGAAACGUAUGUAAACGCACAGGAGGUGAUCAGAAAGAUAAACAGAAGGAGUGGAGUUGUUCGGACGCUAAAAGCUCGCCAAACGCACCCGGAAGUAAUAAGAUCGAACAUGUUCAAUUUCCUUUCGAUGGCGAUUUUGAUCGCUUCGAUAAACACUACCUUGAGCGUGGUGAUUUAGACUCGGAGGAUGGAGAGACGAUCAUCGCUAGACCGUAUAAAAUGGUAGCCCGCGCAGCCGGCGACGUUUUCGUCACGCACGAUCAUGGUAAAAAUUGGACCAAGGCUAAGCUGCCCGGCGACGAGGGUAUUUAUGCGAUAAUCACCCAUCCUUAUGUGAAGGACAUGGCCUUCCUCUUGACCCGAGAAAAGAAAGUUUUUUACACUGUCGACCGUGGUCGGCAUUUCGACUACUUCGAACCACGAGAUGAACCAGAUACUUCCUUGAAUAGGGUACCUCUUGCGUUUCAUCCAGAUCGGCCAGACUGGCUCAUAUGGCAUGGAAAGAAGUGCCGUAGCAAGGGUGACUGCUACCUUGAGGCCUCCCUUUCUACUGAUCGCGGUGAUAGCUGGGAGACGAUCAAGCGUAAUGUGAUCAAGUGCGAGUUCACCGGCUCAUCCGCAUAUAAAUUUCGGAAUAACACACAAAUUCUUUGCCUUGCAAGAGCGCGUGAAGAUAACGAAGAUAACAACCCCUCCCAGCUCUUGUAUAGUGACGAGUUCCCGAAAUACAAGAUGAGCGUGGCUUUGGAGAACGUUAUCGAUUUCGCGACCAUGGCUGAAUUCAUCGUCGUCGCCACGGAAAAUAAAACAGAGGGGACGCUCAACGCGCUUGCUAGUAUGAAUGGGCGGGACUACGCACCAGCACACUUCCCAUUCAACUUCCAGGUCCCACAUACAAAUGCAUAUACUGUCCUAGACAGCUCGACUCACGCCGUCAAUUUAUUUGUCGUAACCGAGGAAGAGGAAAACCACCGCUAUGGGUCGAUUCUAAAAAGCAACUCGAACGGGACAUCAUAUGUGUUAAGCAUUGCGGGCGUCAACAGUGAUAAGAGCUACUAUGUGGAUUUCGAAAAGAUGCUCGGCUUGGAAGGAGUUGUGGUAGUCAAUACAGUAGAGAAUAAGGGUAGCGAUUCGGAGCCUAAAAAGCUUACCACCAGAAUCAGCCACAAUGAUGGUGCCGAGUGGGGAUUCCUGCCGCCUCCUGGGCGGGAUCUUGACGGCAAGGAAUUCAGCUGCUCCAGUAAAAAUGGGGAUGAGUCAUGCGCUCUCCAUAUCCAUGGCUAUACUGAACGAGCCGAUCAUGGGAAGACAUACUCUUCAGAGUCAGCAGUCGGCAUCAUGUUUGGUGUCGGCAACGUCGGACCCAUUCUCGGGGAUCCUAAGGAUGCCGACACCUUCAUGACGGCUGACGCUGGGCUAAGCUGGAAGAUGGUGAAGAAAGGCAGCUGGACAUGGUCUUUCGGUGAUCAAGGAUCUAUCGUAGUUCUCGCACAAAGGAACACACGAUCUAGGUCUAUAUCCUACUCACUUGAUCGGGGCGAGACUUGGAACGACUACAAUUUCUCAGAUUCCGAGGUCGUCAUCACCGAUAUCACGACCCUGCGUUCUGGUUCGUCCAGGAAUUUCCUCCUCUGGGGCCACCAAGGCGACAAGCUCUUCACCGUGAAUAUCGAUUUCUCGGGCUUGGCGAGCGAGCCAUGCAAGGAUGACGAGGACCGGGAGAAAUCAGACUACGAAUUGUGGUCGCCGCAGCAUCCUUUACAGCCGAACGGUUGUCUGUUCGGCCAUAGGAACCAAUACCUACGUAAGAAGAAGGAUAGGAAAUGCUACAAUAGCUACAAGCUUCAACACUUGUACAACGUCGAGAAUUGUGAGUGUACUCGACAGGACUUUGAAUGCGAUUAUAACUUCGAAAUGGACAACCAUGGACACUGUGGACUCGUCGAGGGUCUUCAACCCCUUGACCCCGAGCAGGUUUGCAAGGACAAGCCCGACGAAAUUGAGUACUACGAGCCUAGCGGCUUCCGUCGAAUCCCCUUGACCACAUGUAAAGGGGGCUUCGAGGCGGACAAGGUGCUUCAAGCUCAUCCUUGCCCCGGUCACGAGGAAGAAUUCGAAAAAGCGCGCGGCAUCUCCGGCGUCGGUCUCUUCUUUGCCAUCGUUCUUCCGUUUGGGUUCGCGUCACUGGCCGGCUGGUGGGUGUACCGUAACUGGCAGAGCAAGUUCGGGCAGAUCCGGCUCGGUGAACAAAGUGCUUUCAACAGCGAUUCACCGUGGGUCAAGUACCCCGUAGUGGCGGUGUCGGCGGUGGUGGCGGUUAUCGGCGCGAUGCCCCUCCUUAUAGGAAGUUUAUGGAGAAGUGUAAGCUCUUCUGUAGACAGGUUCAGGGGCGCGAGAGACAGUGGCGGCCGGUAUGACUGGCUGCGAGGUAGCCAGCGAAGGUAUACAACCAGAGACAGCUUCGCCCGAGGGCGAGGUGACUACGCUAUCGUGGACGAAGACGAAGGCGAGCUUCUCGGCGACGAUAGCGAUGACGAGGUAUGAGUAACGAGGAGAUUUAUUUUUUUCCUCUUACGUCAUCUAUAGUAGGAGGGGAGAAAUUGAGUGUAUUUACAACUCGGGAGGCGCAUCGGCAAUGGGCAGGGUUUAGGAAAAUCAUGAUGAUCUAAGUGGGGGAUGGUGUAAGUAAGAAAAAGAUGCAUUCGUUGUCGUUAUCUACAACAUUACAGGCAUUUAAAAUCACCUAGGUAGUCAGUCACUGUAACAUUGUGUGAUGGAAGAGAUCGUUUUAGUUGCUCCUUUGCUUCCCCCACCCCCUUUUCUUUUUUAGGUUAGCAUCACCACCACCACCAUGGUUCAGGAGUAAUAGGGCUUGAUGUGUUUUAGGUGAGCCUGUUGAUAAGAUAGUCCCCGCACAAAUUCGAGAAUUCUCGUUCCAGUUGAAUAGACAAGACAAAGUAAACGAAUCGGUUUCUUCCUUAUCUCCAGGUAGAUUUUACGGUAUGCUAGGAUGAUAAGUUACAAGUAAUUUCCAAUUCAGCCUACAC